AUGGGUCUCGCCUUUUUGGGCUGGCCUCGCUGCGCUCGCGUCCGCGGCGGCUCGGUGCUCAGCGGCGAGGCCAAGUCGCUCCUCAAGGGCGCGGAGCAGUGCGUGGGCCGCGUGAACGCGCUCGAGGCCGACAUGGAGGCGCUCAGCGACGCGGGCCUGCGCGACCUCGCCAAGACGCUCGGCGACGAGCUCUCGGCGCUCGACCCGUCGCGGGAGGCGUCGGACGCGCAGGUCGCGUCGGCCUUCGCCCUCGCGCGCGAGGCGGCCUGGCGCGUGCUCAAGCUGCGGGCCUACGACGUCCAGCUCCUCGGCGGCUACGUCAUGUCGCGCGGCGCGCUCGCGGAGAUGGCGACGGGCGAGGGCAAGACGCUCGCGGCCGUCGCGCCGACGCUCCUGGGCGCGCUGCGGCGCCGCGGGGCCCUCGUCGUGACGGCCAACGACUACCUCGCGCGGCGCGACGCCGACGGCGUCGGCCUCGUGCUGCGCUUCCUCGGCCUGAGCGUGGGCCUCGUCGAGUCGUCGAUGGCCGUCGGCGGCGACGACCGCCGCGACGCGUACGCGAGUGACGUGACCUACGUGAGCAACGCGGAGCUCGGCUUCGACUACCUGCGGGACCAGCUCGCCCUCGAGGAGGCCGAGCUCGUCAUGCCGUCGCGGCCGGGCGCGUCCGCCGUCGAGGAGCUCUUCUACUGGUGCCUCGUCGACGAGGCCGACUCCAUCCUCAUCGACGAGGCGCGGACGCCCCUCAUCAUCUCCGAGACGACGGCGGCGCCCAAGGCCAAGUACGACGUCGCGCGGGACCUCGCCGACGGCGUGCUCCAGAAGGGCCGCCACUACGACGUCGACGAGAAGGGCAUGUCCGUGAUCCUGACCGAGGCGGGCUACGGCGAGUGCGAGCGCACGCUCGGCACGUCCAUGUUCGACCCCAAGGACCCCUGGGCGCCCUUCGUCCUCGGCGCGCUCCGGGCCAAGGAGCUCCUCCUCAGGGACCGCGACUACCUCGUCGACGGCGCCGGCGCGGUCAAGCUCGUCGACGCGUUCUCCGGCCGCGUGCUCGAGGGCCGGCGCUACGCGGACGGCCUCCAGCAGUCCAUCGAGGCCAAGGAGGGGCUCGUCUGCUCGGACCAGACGCGGCCGACGGCCCAGGUCACGUUCCAGGCCCUCUUCCGCACGCUGAGCUCGCGCCUCGCGGGCAUGACGGGCACGGCGCUGAGCGACGGCAAGGAGCUCGGCGACGUCUACAAGCUCACGGUGGUCCCCAUCCCGACGGCCUUGCCGAUCGCGCGCAAGGACUACGACGACGCCGUCUACCGGACCGUCGACGCGAAGGAGCGCGCGGCCGCGGCCGAGGUCGUCCGCGCGCACAAGGACGGCCGCCCCGUGCUCGUGGGCACGACGUCCGUGGAGCAGUCCGACGCCUUCGUGGAGCGCCUCUUGCGCGACUACGGCCUCGCCGCGUCGAAGCUCUCCGCGCGGCCCGACGCGGCCGCGCGCGAGUCCGCGGUCAUCGCGCAGGCGGGCCGCCUCGGCGCGGUCACCGUCGCGACGAACAUGGCGGGCCGCGGCACGGACAUCAAGCUCGGCGGGUCGGCGUCCGACCUGGCGAAGCUCGUCGCCGACCCCGCGGUCGCCGCGCUCCGGAAAGCUUUGGCGGCGCUCGAGGCGGACCUCGGCGCCGCGCUCGACGCCGAGCGGGCCGCGGUCGUGCGCGCCGGCGGCCUCUACGUCGUCGGCACGGAGCGCCACGAGUCCGUGCGCAUCGACAACCAGCUCCGGGGCCGCUCCGGCCGCCAGGGCGACGCGGGCGCGAGCCGGUUCUUCGUCUCCGUCGACGACCCCAUGUUCAAGACCUUCGGCGGCGACCAGAUCGCCAAGCUCAUGGAGACCUUCCGCGUCGGCGACGACCUGCCCCUCGAGGCCAAGUCCGUCACCGAGAACCUGGGCAAGAUCCAGGCCAAGGUCGAGGCCUACAACGCGGACCUCCGCGUCAACGUGCUCAAGUUCGACGACGUCCUCGACGGCCAGCGCCGCGCGCUCUACGCGACGCGGCGGCGCCUGCUCCUCGACGGCGCCGACGACGCGGCGGCGAACGCGCGCGAGUGGGCCGCGGACGCGCUCCUCGCCAUCGCGAAAUCCGUCGACCGCGACGCCGGCGCCGACGGCGACGUCGACGCGCUCCUCGCGGCGCGCCUCGACGCCUUCUUCGGGCCCGGCGCGCUCCGCCUCGACGCCGACGCCCUCGCGGCCCUCGGCGAGGGCGAGGCGACGAAGGUCGCCGCGCUGCCCGCCGUCGCGGCCUGCGUCGACGGCCUCCUCGAUGCCGUCGCGGAGAAGCGGCCCGCGCGGCCGCCGACGGAGUCCUUCACGAAGCUCGCGCUCAUCCGCCUCGACAAGCUCUGGGCCGACCACCUCCUCAACAUGAACUACCUCAAGGAGUCCGUCCAGCUCCGCACGCUCCAGCAGACCGACCCCUUCCAGGAGUACCAGCGCGAGGGCUUCGAGCUCUUCACCGCGCUCCAGACGAAGAUCAAGGCCGACACGAUCUACUCCCUCCUCCAGAUCGCCAAGGAGUAA